AUGUGCGAACCAGAUUCAGAUGUUGUGAAAUGGGGACUCCACUUCCUCGAUGUCGACCAAAUAUUCAGUUCCACUUAUUACGGCGAUAGCAAUCAACACGACGUGAACAUCUGUCAUGAACAGUAUAACAAUGGAGAUCUCUCAAUUUCAGAUGGAAAUGAAUUAUCCAAUCCAGAAGAACAUUUACAAACAUCAAACGAUACUCAAGAAUGGUAUACUCCAUCACCAGAUAAUUACUAUUAUGGUGAUGAAUCUAGGGUACAGGAAACAGAGGAAAUGGGACAUUCAAGUUCUUGUUCAAGUCCUGGAAAUAGGUCUUAUGAUGGUGAUGAGUAUUCAUACAAUUUAGAAAUAACAGAUGAAUCUGAGCUUGAUGGUGAAGUAGGCAAGAGAUUGACUGAAAUUGUCCCUGUUCCUCAUAUCCCUAAAGUUAAUGGAGACAUACCUUCAGUUGAUGAAGCUACUUCUGAUCAUCAAAGACUAUUAGACAGGUUGCAGUUAUAUAACUUGGUAGAGUCAAAAGUUCAAGGAGAUGGUAACUGCCAGUUUCGGGCAUUAUCAGACCAAUUUUAUCGUUCACCAGAGCAUCAUAAAUUUGUGAGAAGACAAGUGGUUAAUCAGCUUAAAUCACAUCCAGAGAUGUAUGAGGGAUAUGUCCCCAUGGCAUAUAGUGACUACUUAAAAAGAAUUUCCAAGAGUGGAGAAUGGGGAGAUCAUGUCACCUUGCAAGCAGCAGCAGAUUCUUAUGGGGUCAAAAUUUUUGUUCUAACCUCAUUUAAAGAUACUUGUUCCAUUGAGAUUCUUCCAAAAGUUCAGAAUUCAAAAAGGGUCAUUUUCUUGAGCUUUUGGGCUGAGGUGCACUACAACUCAAUCUACCCUGAAGGAGAAUUGCCACCACCGGAAUACAAAAAGAAGAAAAGGUGGUGGAACUUUAAACACAGGCAUCAAGCGUAUCUUGAUUGAAAAGAUUUGUGAUGAGGGGUGGUUAAUGGUUAUUCUUGAAAUCUAUAGGAAAUAAGUUGUCAUUUUACAUCAUGUAUAGUAAUGUUUCUUGGUUCUUUAAAAGGUGAUGAUGCUGAUAUAAGCAUGCAUGCUUCUGUUUUCUUGAAUUGGCAUGGUUAUUUAUGGCAUUGUGAUGGAUUGAUGGAGCCUUGAUUUUAGAUUCACUCAUUAAUAAAGCUUACUUUGUAGCUAGAUAGUUGUCAAAGAAAGAUGGUUGUUUAGGAGUAAAUGUGACUGAUUAGCUGAAUAAAAUGGUCAAUUCUAUGGGAAAUUUCUUUAAGGACAAUGA